AUGUCGAGAAAGCGACCAUCUCCGACUACAACUGAAGAUGUUUCAGAAUGGUACACUGGCCAUAAUCGUUACCUCCUUGAGUCUCUGUUGGUAUUUUCGUUACGCCGUGGCUUUAUAGAGGCUUCUUGGAUGAUUGUUUCAGAAAUGCGCAAAUGUGGUAUACAGUUGUCUAGUAUGACUUUAUGGUGCUUUAACGCGCAGUCUAAACGCUUGCUUGAUAUAUCGAAGAAGAUCGGGAAUCCUGAGCUGUCCAUUAUUAUCGAAGAAGUUUCCAAUGCUGCAGUGGCCUUGUCGAUUGCUGCCGGGCCUGAUAGUCCCUAUGUAAAACCCCUUCAAAGAUAUAUGAGCCAUGCCGAUAAAGUGUUAAUGUACUUAUCUCUGGAAUCCUUCAAAGAAGACCAAUUAGCGGAGGUCAUUGUCAAACUGAAUAAAAAAUUUCCACCACAUUCAGCCGACUCCGAGGUACAAUUUUUUCGGGCUGAAUUUGCGAAGAUUCUUUCCUCACUGGAUGAAAUCAGACGAUUUGUCUCCCAAGAUUGGUUACCUAGUAGAGAAGCAGCUUUUCAAGUCCUCUUUAAAGAAGCUCAAAAUGUUGCUCAGCAUUUACCCCUUACCUGCAUUGACCAGGUUGGAACCAGACAUCAUGAACUGUUUGUGCAGGCUGUGAGUAAAACGGAUACCCAGUUGGGUCGAAUUCUUCUUUCUACGUUUAUGGACGAGGCGAAUGGAAAUAUAACUGAAUCGAAGUUGUUGCAAAUAAUGAGUACCUUAGAAUCUCACUGA